AUGACAAAACUUUGGGUCAAAUUCAAGCCAAACAACGCUACAAGGGUAUCUACUGAAGACUGCGAGAUUGUGGACGACCUUCUUAAAGCCUGCAAGAAGGAGCUCUCCAGCAAGCUUUGCGACUACGACGUUGACCAACUCUCCCUUUCCACUACUGAUGGUGGUACUCCUUUACAACCAGACGACCCUAUUCCUGCUCAGAAUACAGCAAAGACUCCUUUAUUCAUCACUGUUGCAGUUGUAGAACAGGCUCAAAAGGAAAUGGUAUCAAUGUCCUAUGGAAAAGCUACAAUGCCAUUUAUUAGCGAAGCGACUGGAGUUGAAGACGAAAAUCAAGUUUGGGAAAAUAUUCCAGUUGACACCACAGUUGAAGCUUCUCCAGAGUUUGUUGAAUUGUUCAAGAAGAAUUGCUCCGUCUUUGAAUUUGGCGCCGAAGCAAGCAGAAGAACUUUGAUUGAUCUUUUUCUUCGGGAAGUAGUUGCCCAAUUUCCAGAUUUUAUUAUCAUUUGCGAGUAUCAUAUGACUUUGGUGAAUAAAGUCAAGAAAAGACGCUUAAAUGGGAACUGUGACUACACCAUCUGCCACCGUGGCCUUAGAAAGCUUCCUCAUUUGGUCGCAAUUGGAGCUAAAGUGACAAACAAUGAGACUCUGUUGCAAUGCAUUGGGGAAUGUGCUUCCAUUCAUUAUCGCAGAAAGAAAGCUGAAAUGAGGAAUCUUCAAGUCUAUGGCAUUCAUUCAACUGGCUCGAUCUGGAAGUUUGUUUUCAUUGAUGAAAAUGGAUCAUUGUUUGUUUCAAAAGAGUAUCAAUUGAAUCCUGAAAAUUAUGUCAAGGAAGGAUUUGACCUAAUCUACCGUCUUGUCUACUAUGUGGUGAAGCAAUCUCAUAUCAACAGCCCUCGUACGACACCUGCUGGCUUUACAACCUGGAUUAGAAGAGUUGCUGCUCUAAAUGAUUCAGAUUUGGAAGAAGAGCUCAAAUUGGUCAACAAGAAUUCACUCAAUGCAUUCGCAAGAGCAAUUGGUCGUAUCCGUCGUCCCGAACUAGAUUCUCAUACAUACAGAAAUGGAACGUAUGAAGCACAUCCCCAUGCAGAUACAAUCAAUUUAUUGGUUUCUAUUGGAGAGUCUACACUAUCUGCCAUCAAUUCGGAAACACCAGUCAGUUCUCAUAUAGAUGACAAUACUAGAAUCAAGUCUGAAUUACCUGACAAAAAUCGCACUCAUGGUCCAUUACCAAAAUAUUUGCAAACUAGACAAUUCAUUGGACAAGACCUGGUUGCCUUGAAAGGAUGCUUUCCAAAUCAAAAAGAAUUCAAUGACUACACUCUAAAAGCAUUUAAAUGGAACUAUACGAUGUGUCGUUUAUACAUUGGAAGUAGUAAGGGUAGAGCACCGAAUGAUACCGCUUUUCAUUUACUGCGACAUUUUACGCUUUCUUCAUAUUAA